GAUUUUGCUUUGCUGUACCUUCUGCUCUUAUAAAUAAUUCAAGAUUUUUAGAUAUCGCAAAUCAAAAAACUCGUUUACCUUCGAAACAUCAUCCUGCUGUGUAAGAAAUGAAUUAUAUAAAUUAGUGGUUUCAGUCCAGUUCCAUUAUUUACACUUAAGAAGUGCUUGCACAUUGACGAUAAUGGCGCUUUUUAUAUAUCCCGAUAAGUUUACGGUGUGCCUAUUUGUGCUAAUAAUCUCACUGUCGAAAGAGUCUCUUCAACAAAAUACUAUGUUAACUAAAGAUAAAACUUUCAAACUGAACACUGGUGAUGCAAUACCUGCAGUGGGAUUUGGGACUUACCAGGUUCAAGGUACUGAAUUAGUUAAAAAUGUUAUUGAUUUGGCUCUGGCUUCAGGAUAUAGACUCAUAGAUACUGCAGCCUUAUAUAAAAACGAAGAGGAUAUUGGAAAGGCCCUAAAAGAACUUCUUCCCAAAUACAAUCUCACCAGAAAAGACAUUUUCAUCACUACAAAGUUAUAUCCGUACAACCAAGGACAAACGGCUUAUAAAUCCUUGCAGCAAUCUCUGAGGUAUUUGGAUUGCGAUUACAUCGAUUUAUAUCUGAUACAUUGGCCUGGUGUACUUGGUGCAAAUUUGACGACCAGUCAACUGAAGAAGUCUCGAGAUGACGGAUGGCAACAGUUAAUUAAGGGCAAGAAAGACGGUUUAACGAGAAACAUCGGAGUUUCAAAUUAUAAUAUUGGCCAUUUAACAGAACUUUUAGAAAAUGACCAUGGCUUUAAACCAUCA